UCUUAUGAGCCUGUUCAUUUAAGAAUUAAAAUUAAAAACGCCAACAAAAACUGAACAACAGACUAUCACACAGGAACGUUUCGAGCACGCAGGCUCUUCUUCAGAUAAUCUGUUCAUUUAAGUGAACGAACUUCGAUUCUCAAAGGAAUUAUUCUUAUCGGUUCACAAAAACACCGGAUGUAGAAUGGACCGGUUCCCGAAAGGGUCCUCACGAGCCACUUCGAUUUGGUGAAUCAAACUCCCGCAGUGAAAAUUAAUAUGUUAUCCGUUCCAGUACAGGUAGAACUUCAGCAUCAGUUACUGGACAGGAUGCAUACAAAUAUAAGGCAUAUAGUCUGUGCUAAACACGAAUAAUAAAAUGUAUUAACUUUUAUUUUCUAUCUCUGGCAGCAGACGGUUAAUGCUUCAUAAAAAAAACAAAUAAUUGUUUUAAUUUUUAUUUCCAGCGCUACCACAAUCACAGAGUACUUAGUAUUCGCCCCCCCUCUUCUGCUUGAGGAUGUAGGAGGAUGUUAAACCGGUCGAUGCUCGUCGACGUUACCUGGUGGGCGAGAACCAGUGACGUCACGUCCCCGUUACGCGCUCAGCUCCGUCUCCUCCGCGCUGCGAUCGGAGCAGCCCGUGCAAUCUAGAGCUUUUCAACGCGCACGACCCGACGUCGACACCGCCAUCAUCAUCACCACCACCGUCGAGUUUAACAGGAAAGCUGAAGAUGCUCCAGUCCCUCGCCGGCAAUUCGUGCGUGCGCUUGAUACAGAGCAACAAAUCGGCAUGGUAUUUUCUGUUUCUCGUGCUCGGCUACGUUCUGUAUCUCAUAUUCGGAGCGGUGGUUUUCUCCUCGGUGGAGCUGCCGUAUGAAGACCUCUUGCGCCAGCAGCUCAGAGGGAUCAAACGACAGUUCCUCCAGGAGCACGAAUGUCUGUCCGAGGAAAGGCUGGAGAGGUUUCUGUCCAAAGCGCUGGAGGCCAGCAACUAUGGGGUGUCUAUUCUCAACAACGCGUCCGCCAGCUGGAACUGGGACUUCACCUCGUCUUUGUUUUUCGCUAGCACUGUCUUAUCUACCACAGGAUAUGGUCACACCGCCCCUCUCUCUGAUGGUGGGAAGGCUUUCUGUAUCAUUUACUCUGUGAUUGGCAUCCCCUUCACCCUCCUCUUCCUCACAGCUGUGGUGCAAAGGAUCAUGGUCUAUAGCACAUGGCGGCCUAUUAUGUACGUUCAUACACGCUGGGGUCUGUCUAAACCCCUGGUGGCCCUUGUUCACGCAACUCUUUUGGCCGUCGUAGCCGUGUCCUGUUUCUUCCUCAUCCCCGCUGCCACCUUCUCUGCCCUGGAAGAGAACUGGAACUUUCUGGAGUCCUUCUACUUCUGCUUUAUCUCACUCUCCACUAUCGGUCUGGGUGACUAUGUGCCUGGCGAGGCCUUUAACCAGAGGUUUCGUGAACUCUACAAACUGGGCAUCACUGUGUAUCUCCUCCUCGGCCUGAUUGCUAUGUUGGUGGUGUUGGAGACUUUCUAGCUACAGCAGCUGAAGCAGCUGAGGAAGAUGUUUUAUCUGAAGAAGGAGAAGCCCCAGGACCGUCUGGCCAUCAUGGAACAUGACCAUCUGACCUUUAGCUCCAUGCCAGACGGCACCAUCAACUCGCCCCAGGAGGACAAAACCGAACCCUUUGUGGACUUCCCCGUCCUGAACUCUCCAGGAGGUGAUGACCCCAUGAUCAAAUAGAUGUUUUAACUUCGAUCGACAUAACUCUCAAUUGAGGGAGACAUCUUUAGC